AUGUCACAACAUCAAGAUACAUCUGCUUCUAAAAACACUAAGUCUACUCAAAAGGAUAAUGCUCCUCCCAUGGGCAUUCCCGAUGAUGAGAUUCUGGAUGUUGCUCCUCUCUCUGUUAUUCCCUGUGAGGCCAUUGAUUUGAACCAACCCAUUGAUGCCUCAGCUUCUGCAUGCUCCAAUCAAGGUAACUCCUCUAGUAUUCCUUCUGGUUCAACUCCUGCCACUAAUUCUAAGGAAGAUAUACACCAUACUGGCCGUGUUAUAAGAGACCUAGUCACUAGAAUCCUUAAUGAAGGACACUCUGUGAAGGGAGUUUCUACUCCCCUUUCUCAAAUGUACCCCUCCCCUGAGGUUGAACAACAUAGUGGUAAGGAUGUCGAUUCCUCCAGUUCUGAGAAGGACUUGGUUGUUGAAGGGUUGUGCUCUCUAGGGCAAACCGUGUCUAAAAAAGGAAAAUCUGUGGCAUCUAAAACUGCCAAUGCUUCCCACUCUAAGAAGCAUUAUGAUGCAAAUGUUGUGAUUGAUCUAGAGGAUGGUAACUCUGAUGAUCAAGAGGAAAACUUACUUCAUCACCUAAAGCCAAGUGUGGCUAAACGCAUGAAGACUCGCAAAGGAAGAUCUGUGGAUGAACUUAUGUCAGCUAGAAAAGCUAAGAAGACUGCUGGUAUUAGUCCCUCCAAAUCUUGGAGCAAGGUUGAAGUGAAGAAGAGGAAGUUCAGAGAUGAUUUUGAGUUUGAAGAGGAUGUUGAGGAAGAUGUCCCUGACAUCUCUCCUGUGAAGAAAACCACUAUUAGGAAGUCUCCUGGUAAAGUCCCUGCUGUUCAUUUGGAUAACAUCUCCUUCCAUCUUGAGGAUGGAGCUGCAAAGUGGAAUAUUGUGAUUCAGAGAAGGGUAGCUGUGGAAAGGGAGUUGGGAAAAUAUGUUGUUGAUGUCAAGGAGGUCAUGGACCUGAUCAAAGCUGAUGGGCUAUUGAAGACUGUUGUUGGGUUCUCUCAAUGCUAUGAAGGUUUAGUUAAGGAAUUUAUUGUUAACAUUCCUGAGGACAUUUCUGAUAAGAAUAACAAGGAAUUCUGUAAGGUGUAUGUGAGGGGUGAGUGUAUAAAAUUUUCUCCUACUGUUAUUAAUAAUUUUCUAGGCAGAGAUAAUGAGGGUGCAAGAGAACUAGAAGUUACAGACAAUCAGGUCUGUAGGGAGAUCACAGCUAGGCAGGUGAACGUUUGGCCUAUUAAAAAGCAUCUUCCUGCUGGGAAGUUGACUGUCAAGUAUGUUAUCUUGCACAAAAUAGGAGCUUCUAAUUGA